AUGAGGGUUAUCCUUGACGGCUGCUCCUUGACGCCCGAUGUACUGUACGCUUUGGGCUACGAGAAGGGCGCCACCAUCGAAAUUUCGGACGAGGCGGUUGCAAGAAUUACCGCUGCUCGCGCCGUUAUUGAUAAAAUUGUCAAUGAUCGUCAAACCGUUUACGGCAUUAACACCGGCUUUGGUAAAUUUGAAUCAACAAUUAUCCCGCCGCAUCAACUGGAGGAACUACAGUUGAACCUCAUCCGGUCACACAGCGCGUGCGUGGGUGAGCCCCUGACACCCGAGCGUGCCCGCAUGAUGCUGGCUCUCCGUGUCAAUGUCCUUUGCAAGGGCCACAGUGGCAUUCGCUUGGAAACGGUUCAAAAAUACGUCAAGGCUUUUAAUGCCGGUGUGGUUCCUUACAUUCCAGAACAGGGAACUGUUGGUGCAAGCGGCGAUCUCGGUCCGCUCUCACACCUGGCCCUUGGAAUGCUUGGCGAGGGACUUCUUGCGACUCUCAAUAAUAAAAAAUUCCGUGAUGCUGGGAGUGUUUUGCGAGAGUUGGGCGUUGAGCCUAUCACAUUGGCUGCGAAGGAGGGAUUGGCACUCAUUAACGGAACGCAGUUCAUUUCGGCCCUUGGCGCAGAAGCCGUCGUGCGAGCUCGAAAAAUUGCUCGGCUUGCGGACGUUGCACUCGCCAUGUCACAUGAAGCUCUACGGGCAACCAACAGCACCCUUAACCCUGAUAUUCACCGUGUGCGUCCUCACAAGGGCCAACAGCUUGUUGCCCAACGUCUGCGAGCACUCUUGCAUAGCGAGGAGUAUCCGUCGAUGAUUAACGAAAGCCAUGUCAACUGUGGUCGUGUUCAGGACGCCUACUCUAUCCGUUGUGCUCCCCAGGUGCAUGGCAUAUCGAAUGAAGUCAUUGAGUGGGUAUACGGCAUCCUUACAACAGAGCUCAAUUGUGCUACCGAUAACCCUUUGGUGUUCCCAGACGGAGUGAAGAAAGUGGUUUCAGGUGGCAAUUUUCAUGGUGAGUACCCAGCGAAGGCUCUGGAUAUGCUUGCCAUUGGUGUCCAUGAACUUGGGAACAUCAGUGAGCGUCGCAUAGAACGUCUUAACAAUCCGACUUUGAGCCGUCUUCCCGCCUUCUUGGUGAAAAACGGUGGACUUAAUUCGGGCUUCAUGAUUGCCCAUUGCACUGCUGCCGCCCUUGUCUCCGAGAACAAGGUCUACUGUCACCCCGCUUCCGCUGACAGCAUAUCCACCUCCGCUGCUCAAGAAGAUCAUGUCAGCAUGGGAGGUUUUUCCGCACGCAAAGCUAUUAAGGUGGUGGAAAAUGUUGAGCGUAUCAUCGCCAUUGAACUCCUGGGCGCUUGCCAGGGCAUCGAUCUCUUGCGGCCACUAAGGACGACAGAGCCCAUGGAAAAGGUCUGGAGCCUCGUCCGCAGCGUCAGCCCACCGUGGGAGGAGGACCGUGUCAUCAACACCGAUAUUGACAACGUCACCAAGCUGCUGCGCUCCGGUGCAGUAUGGAAAACCGUUAAGCCGUACGUCCCUGAGGAGGCGCGAUUCUUGGGCGUCCUAACCGUUAAGAAACCAUUUGAGCUGAAAUCCAAGAUGUGA